UCCCCUCCCCCUUCAUCUGGUAGUGGUGUAGGGGGAAGUGACGUCUUAAACCUUCAAUAACGAAGCCAGCUGGAGUUUCCGGAGGCUCAGAGGAGAAACAUUACCAGUGCCGAAGAAAAGCUGGCAAGCAUCGGAACCGGAGGAGAACGACACCAAAACCGCACUCCACGGUAUUUAGCGUGUCAGGAGGAACUAGACACACUGUAUGCUGCUUACACCAGCUUAAAGGAUUGCAAGUCAUCUAUAUCCAGAUAAAAAUAUUCUUUGGCACUGAAGUAGACAGCAGAAGAUGAUGGACUACUACCAAACUCUUGGAGUACAAAGAAAUGCAUCACAAGAAGACAUUAAAAAAUCAUACAGAAAGUUGGCACUGAAAUGGCACCCUGAUAAGAACCCGGAUAACAAGGACGAUGCAGAGAGGAAAUUUAAAGAACUGUCAGAGGCAUAUGAAGUUCUAUCGGAUGCCAAUAAACGUGAUGUUUACGACAGGUAUGGUAAAGAAGGCUUGAUUGGAGGAGGCGGCGGAGGUGGAGGACACUAUAACAACGGCGGCUUCGGGUAUGGAUUUUCAUUCCGCAACCCAGAAGAUGUGUUCAGGGAAUUCUUUGGAGGAAGAGAUCCUUUUGCAGAUUUCUUUGAUGAUCCUUUUGAUGACUUCUUUGGAAACCGAAGAGGCAGUCGUGGCGUGAGCAGGAGCCGUGCAGGGGGCCCAUUCUUCCAUGGAUUCGGUGGCUUCCCUCCCUUCGGUGCAGGGUUUUCUGGGUUUGAUCCAGGCUUUACCUCAUUCGGGCAAAUGGGCGGCGGUGGAUUUGCGUCGUUUUCUUCCACUUCAUUUGGAGGAGGAGGAGGAGGUGUAGGCGGCAUGGGUAACUUCCGAUCAGUUUCAUCAUCCACCAAAAUAAUUAACGGCAGAAAAAUUACCACAAAAAGAAUCCUAGAGAAUGGCCAGGAGCGAGUCGAGGUUGAGGAAGACGGGCAGUUAAGAUCUCUCACUAUAAAUGGUGUGACGGAUGAGGAUGCUUUGGCUGAUGAGUGCAGGCGUCGAGGACAGUAUUCCUUGCCAGCCCAGUCACCUCACACCCGGUACCUGAGAAAUGGCAAUCAGAAUGACGAGGAAGAGGAGCAUGGCAUGCAGGCUGGCGGCCCCGGCUUAGCCAGAGGUGUGACCCCUGACAUUGCUUUAACACCUGCAGAGGAAAGGCCCGCGGGCAGAAGCCUACACAGACACAUUGACAGCAAGAGGAAGAAACUGAGGCAAAAGGAAGAGGCGAAGAAGAAAAAGACGUCGAGACUGACUCACCGGGCAGGAACUUCUUUUUAAAAAUGUAUAAAUUUAGCAGCAGCACCUGUGUGAGUCUUUUAAAUAGUGAUUAAAGAUACUGCAUCUUUAUACAAGCCAUUGCUGGCCAGCUUUUUGCCUCUUUAUGUCAUAACUUAUACAUUGUUUAUGAAGUCACAGCAUACUAUAUGUGUAAUCUCGUUAACUAUACAGUCUUACACAUUUUGCCAUUUUGCUGAUUUUUGGAAAUGUACUGAUUAGUCAAGCAAACCACUAAGACAUGUGAUCCUAAUAGAGGGUGAGUGCAUAUACAAUGCAGCUCAGCUCACAAAGGAUGGAAUACACCGCACUGUUUUAGGUCUUGUUUGCCAAGUCUCAUUAGUGUGGGUUUGAAGUGACAGAAACCCCUUUCAAGGCUAAAAAAUAACAUGGGGGUUUAGUUUUUCCAUAAAAUGUACACUUAACUUAAAGAGUGUUAUAUACACAAGCAGAAUUACAUACAUGCAUAAACAUGUGAAACAUAGUCAAACAUGUUUUGAGACUGUUCCUCCUGAAACAAUGUAAUGUGUGCAGUCUGGGACACAGAGACCCCUGUCAGGGCAGUUCUCUUGCCCACAGCAACAAAGAGCUAUAACUUUAUUAUAUUACAGACUACAUCGCAGGGGGUUCAUUUACAUUACAACAGUCUCAAAACAGCAUGCAUACAGUACAUAUAUAUAAACAUUCUAAAAACCGGGAAUUAAAAAGGUUGAAGCAGAAUUGAAACAACAUUGAAACAACAUUAGUUUAGAGAUGUACAAUGAAAUCCAGCAUUGUUGCCGAAAUCUCUAUAUUAGCAUUACACAUUGUUAAUGGUUAAUUCAUUGUGUCAUGCUGUACUGUGUGUAUCACAUGCUUUAUUUUUUAUAAGUGCUGAUAAUAUGAUCUCUUCUGUCUAUAUCUACAAUGACUCUAUGUCUGUGCUGUUACGGUUUAUAAUGUCAUCAAGACCCCUACAUUGAUUUGGAUAGAGAUGGCUGUACAGUACAGUAUUCUUUGCAUUAUCCCUCACUUGAUAGCUGUAGUGCUUGUGCUACAGAGGUUAUAUUAAAGCAAAGCAGUGGAUCUGGCAGGGAAUCAAAUCACAUAAACAUCAAGCAUAUUUUAGGAGCUUCCAAUACCACAUCAAAUUGUCAAUCGAAUAGCUAGUAUCUUAUUUGUCCAUCGAUAAACAACACAUCCAAUGAUCGACAAGGAAAGGAUAUACAUCUUACCUCAAUUCAUUACAUACCUGCUAUGCGCCAGAGCUCACCUCCUCCUCUCCAGCCUCCACCUGCUUUUUGGCUUCGUCUAACGGGGAGGGCAGCUAUCCUGCCCCCCUGCCCAUGGCGUCCCUACUCUCUCUCCACUUACCUGCGAGCUUAUUUAUGGGCAGGGGUACCUCGAAAAGCGAGGCCAAAGGCCAAAGAAUGUAGUGUGAAAGCAUGCACAAUGCAGUCGUGUUGUCUAGUCUAAGCUUUACUAAAUAAUCUAUCGCAUGAGUUUCCUGACUGAAAUGAAGUUCUUCUCACCCCUUAAUAAAUGCUGUUCCAGGGGCUACAGUGCCUCAGCACUGGCCCAUGUUCUCGUCCAAGCUGCUUCGUUGCAUUUUCCUCCUUCCAUGGAUCACCCUUCUUACCUUCUGUUUUGUGUCAUUUUACAGCCCAAAAUAAAGACAUUCUUUAUGAAUGUAAUUGUUCACAGGUUUGUGCAUGACCCAUUUCAGUAUCCACUAAGUAACACCUGGACUAAUAACACUCUGCCCUGUCAUAAUUAGCACUACUGUACAUUGUGCUACACCAAGUUUGUGAAGUCAGAUACGACAAGGACAAUAUAGAACAGUAUACAGACAGCUCAUACGUCAUGUAUUGUACUUGACAAGUCCUGUGUGUCAGAUUUUUAAUAGAGGUUAGCCGCUGUGUACAAGUAUUUCACAUGUCCUGCUGUCAGUGAUUCCAAAGCUUCUCAAUGUAGACUUGACUGAUUGAAAAAAAAAGUUCAGUAGCACUUUACAUGGUGUCUCUAAUUACAGUGUAUUAGUAGUUACUUAGCAAAUACAUGUGUGCUUACAAAUCAUUGCAAUGUUAUUAUGCAUAGUUACAAUGUACUUAAGGUGUAAAUCGUUUUGUACGCUAUAUGUAAGUACACAAUUGUAUCAGAAUCGGGUUAGGUUUAGGGUUAGGGUAAGGAUUAGGGAUAGGGGUAGGGUUAUAUUGUGCUAAAUAGAUUACACAUUAAGUACAUUGUAACUAUGCAUAAUAACAUUGUCAUUAUGUGUAAGUACACAUGUACUGGAACUACUAUGUCAAUACACAGUAAUUACUGGACUGUGUUGUUUUCACCUGUGUUCAUCACACACCUGUUUCUACUGCCUUCGAUUAAGGAUUGCUAUGGAUUCAUCUUCCCUGCCGGUGUGAGCGGCAGUAUGUGCAGCAAUCGUGUAAGAACAACUAGAAAGGACACUGGCUGUUCUGGGGUGUGUCUGUGUUGUUAUGUGUUGUGUUAUUUUAUCAGUUAGUUAGUUGUGUAUUUUAAAUAUUUAUAAAUCUUCAUUUGCUUUUAUAUGUCUGCUGUGUCUUUUCAUCUGCCAUUUCUCUCGCUCCGGAUCCUUAUUUCUAUUUUAUUUUUCCUUCUUAUACAAUUAUCUGAUGCUCGAUCAUAUUCCCUUUUGCAUAUGUUACUUUAUUUGUAUUAUUUUCUCUUUGUGUGUUUGUCCAGGGACUGCCAAUGAAAAUUAGCUCAUAGCUAAAUUUGGGUGCAAUGCAUCUUAUGCCUGGUGUGAACCUAGUUAAGAGUAAUGUGUGGUGUGUCACGGGGACUGUUCCUUUGAUUAAAGAGUAAACAGAUUGGAGUUACAUUGUCUUGUUUUUCUGUUCACUUAUUUUUAUAAUGUUGGGGACGACAAUACAGUGACAUUUGAAACUACUGACUCUUUUGUUUCAUUAACGAAUUUGCACAUUUCAGCUCCCAAAUAAUUCCAUUUCAAUUUCAUUUUUCAAUUUAUUUGAUUUAUAUAGCGCCUUUCAUACCACAGUAUCUCAAAGCGCUUUACAUGUCAGUUAAAAGAGAAAGAAGUAUAAUAAUAAUAAUAAUAAUAAUAGUAAUAAUAAUAAUAAUAAUAAUAAUAAUAAACAAUUGAAGAAAACAGGAAAUAAAUAAGAAUGAUAAAAUACAAAAAUAAACAAAUAAAAUAGAUAAAAACAAUGAUGUUUCUAAGUCAGGUUAAAAAGGCUAAACAAUAAAAGUAAGUCUUUAAUCUUGACUUUAAAAAAGAUUUCUGAACACUUAUUUGUAAAGUUUUGUAAAGUAGAAUACAUUAAAUAUGAAGACAAGAAACAGUAACCCGGCUCCAGUGCAGUUUUCUCCACAGACUCAAGAGGGUUUAAAUUGCACUCAGAAGGACUGUAUGGGAGGGUUGUCAGACACUUCAGGAAACAUUACUUUCCUUUCUUCUUGCUUCUGCAUAUUUAUUAAUAUUUGCAUGCUUAACAGAUGCAUUGUUCUUGAGACAGCGCGUUAGAAUUGCACAGCUUGGAACAAAAUGAGAACUUGCAGUGUUGAACAUGUGCCUCUGAUCGUUGUUUAACUUGAUAAACAAGCUGAUUGUAUUUUUGUUAGAGUGAAAUGUCUUUCUUAAUGCUUAUAUCAGAGAGGCACGAAUACUGUCAUGCUGUUUUUUUCUAAAUAAAGCUGUGAUUAAAAGCCC